GCAUGGUCAACCCCGAGGACCGCUGGAAGAGCCUGCACUUCAGCGGGCACGUGGCGCAGCUGGAGCUGCAGGUGCGCGUGCGCUGCGCCGAGAACUACUACAGCCCCACCUGCAACAAGUUCUGCCGGCCCCGCAACGACUUCUUCGGCCACCACACCUGCGACCAGUAUGGCAACAAGGCCUGCAUGGACGGCUGGAUGGGCCCGGAGUGCAAGGAAGCCGUGUGUAAACAAGGCUGCAACCUGCUCCACGGGGGCUGCUCCGUGCCCGGGGAGUGCAGGUGACGGGUGGCAGG